AAAGUUAAAGUUGCGUUGUACAAUACAGUUGAUAAUGUUUAAUCUGUAAGCGGUUUACUGUAGCUCACUCUGACACAGUGCGCGGCUUAUGCCCCAUAUUUAUCAUCAUGGCGAGUGUUUCAGUCGUGCCCGCAUCUGAGGCGAGCGCUCCAUCUCUCAAGGUCUCUGCUAAUGACUGCUCCACCAAUGGCAUUACAGAGUGCAUCUCCAGCUUUAAGGCAGCAGAUGCAGUGAUUGAGCUGGCUCCAACCCUUAAGCCCAAGCCUGACCCCAGUGACUUGGUGUUUGGGACAGUCUUCACUGACCACAUGCUGACCAUUGAGUGGACCAGUACUGGUGGCUGGCAGAAACCUCACAUCUGUCCCUUUCACAACCUGUCUAUCCACCCAGCUGGCUCUGCCCUGCACUACGCUGUACAGCUGUUUGAAGGGAUGAAGGCGUACCGGGGGCCAGACAAUGUGCUGCGUCUCUUCCGACCCAUGCUGAACAUGAAAAGAAUGCUGAAGUCUGCGGAGAGAGCCUGUCUUCCAAGCUUUGAUGCAGUCGAGCUGUUGGAGUGCAUCAGGAAGUUAGUGGUGGUGGAUCAGGAGUGGGUGCCUCAGUCAGACUCUGCCAGCCUCUACAUCCGCCCUACCUUCCUGGGCACUGAGCCUUCCCUGGGUGUCAAGAAGCCUUCUUCGGCUCUGCUCUAUGUCAUUCUGAGCCCAGUCGGGUCUUACUUCAGCACCGGUUACAAGCCUGUGUCCCUGUGGGCUGACCCCAAGUAUGUUCGAGCCUGGAAAGGAGGAACUGGAGACUGCAAGAUGGGAGGGAACUAUGGAGCAUCAAUCUAUGCUCAGUAUGAGGCUAUUGAUUACGGGUGCCAGCAGGUUCUCUGGCUGUACGGAGAGGACCAUCAAAUCACAGAGGCUGGCACCAUGAACCUGUUCCUCUACUGGAUCAAUGAAAAUGGAGAGGAGGAACUGGCUACCCCGCCCCUUGAUGGUAUCAUUCUUCCUGGAGUCAUACGCCAAAGUAUCCUGGAACUCACCCGGAAAUGGGGGAUGUUUAAGGUGUCCGAGCGCUACUUGACCAUGGUAGACCUGUGCUGUGCUCUGAAGGAGAACAGGGUGAAGGAAAUGUUUGGUUCUGGUACGGCAUGUGUGGUGUGCUCAGUGAGCCAGGUGCUGUACAAGGGGCAGAAUCUGGAUAUUCCCUGUCUGGGGGACUGCCCUCCAUUAGCCUCCAGACUGCUGAAGGAACUCUCAGACAUCCAGUAUGGCCGGACUCCCUGCGACUGGGUCUGCUUGGUCUAGAUGCCUCCAGGAUGAAGGAACCUGGGGUAGAGUGUGCAUGUUCAUAUUGUGAACUCAUUGCACUUUACCUUGAAAUGAAGUCCCAUCUCCCCUCUGCCAGCACAUGCAGAUAGAAUUGAAAGCUUUCUUUCUAUAGUUAUUCAGUCGCAAUAAUGUAAGUAAAAUAUACAAUUUGCAAUAAAAUGAGGAUACGAUUAGAUAGUGAUGUGAUUCCAGGCAUUAUAGUCAAGCAUUCUCACCCACAGAUAUUCAACUUGACUCAGAGCUAAUUGCAUUAAUUUACAGGUAAUCGUUCUAGUAGAUAAUCACCCUCACUCUCACCGGAUGAGAAUAUUUACUAGCAAGGAAUGUUCACUCACAGAUAAGCACAUUUGCUCAAAGAUAAGCAUGUGUACAAAUAAUUGCAUAACUGAGAUAAGAUCGCAGGUAAUCACUCUAACUCUCGGAUUUAUUCGGAUCUAUAGAAAAGACCAGUUUUUGUUUCAGGUUCAGGAAGCAGCAGGAGUCUCGCUGAGUCACAGCCUGUAUGAACAUGCAUGCAUAUGCAUGUGUGUCUGCCUGUGUGUAUGCAAGAGUGCAUGUGGCUGUACUUGUAAGUGUCUGUGCAUUCAGAUGUGCACAGUGUGUAGGUGUGUGUGGCCACGUGCAAGUUUGUGCAUGUGUGCUUGUUCGAAUGCACGUGUGUGUGUGUGUGUGUGUGUGUGCAUGCAUGUCUGUGCAUGUUUGUGUGUGCACGCGUGCACGUGUUUGCAUGCAUGUGCACAGGUAGGUGUCCUAAAAUCAUAAAAGUGAGAGAGACUGAUCAUCAUCUGAUGUGAUUCAUGCUGGCCAAUUUUAGCACAAACAGUCUGAUGUUAUUAUAUAUGAAGAAUCUAAUUUUAUUGUCAAAGGAUUAUUUGAAAGAAAAACCAAUGGUGUAUGUGUAUGUGUAAUCCUAUUUUCCCCUGAAUGCUUUUCACAACCAAUAGACAAGGGUGAUUUCUAAAAUAUAUAUUGAUUUAGGAAGAUAUAUAAUAGAAAUUUAGUGUGUUGUCAUGGUAUUUUAAUAGAGAUGAUUGUGUUUUUGUAAUAUUAUUUCUUAUAUAUCCUAUAUUAGACCUGUGUGGCCUUGAAUCACAUGCAGCAAGUAGAAUCCUUGGCACAGUUUCCUGUAGAGAUUUAUAUUUAUAGAGCUGAUGAUGUAUUUUUGGGAACCGUUGAGAGUACUAUAGCAAUAUUUUGCUGUGUGUGUUUAUACAAAUAAUAAAUCUAUUUAAAUUAACAUUUAUAAUGCAAACAUCCAAAUAACAAAGUUGUGUUUCCAAUAGAGAUCUAAAUAUAUAUUGCUGAGAAUAUAUUUUAUGUGAACAGAACUAGCAGUAGACCAAUUGUCUCACAUGUAUGUGCAAAUAAAUCUAUUUAAAACUC